GCUUCCAAUUGCUCGGAAAUUUUCAGCUAUAUGGGGGGCUUGGAUGGUGAGCAAAAACUAUUGAUCAAGAAGUUGGUCAAUUUUCGCAUGAAAGAAGGUAAAAGAACGAGAGUUCGUGCUAUUGUUUAUCAAACUUUUCAUCGCCCAGCUCGAACUGAACGCGAUGUAAUCAAACUUAUGGUUGACGCCGUAGAGAAUAUAAAGCCCAUAUGCGAAGUAGCAAAAGUAGGAGUAGCGGGUACUAUUUAUGAUGUCCCUGGGAUUGUAGCCAGGGAUCGUCAACAAACCUUAGCUAUUCGUUGGAUCCUUGAAGCAGCUUUCAAACGACGUAUAAGCUAUAGGAUAAGCUUAGAGAAAUGUUCAUUUGCUGAGAUACUGGAUGCUUACCAAAAGAGGGGAAGUGCACGUAGGAAAAGGGAGAAUCUUCAUGGACUGGCUUCCACCAAUCGAAGUUUCGCGCAUUUCAGAUGGUGAUCUGCAGAGACAACUGGAACAGAAGCUGCACUGGAAGAGGUAGCUAAGCCUGCCGAAUCUUGGGAAUUCAAAUCUGUUACCGACCUACCGCCUCCUUUUGAGUAUGCCGAUACUAAGAGUCCUCUCACUACCAACCAGCAGACAUCAUCUGGCUGGGUCUUGCCGGGUAGAUCGGAGCAAGAGGGAACGCCUAGACGACGUUUUUAUUCCUGGGCUGCUGUAAGUAGAUCGAGAGGUCGUUCCGCCCCUUGUCCCCGAAGAUGGGUAAUAUGUUCUCAAAAAAUGUUGCUUCAAUCUGACCUAGCUGGCGAGCGAUCCCAGUUCGCGGCAGAGAACAAGACAGCAAGCGAGCGUACCUUUGUUCGCUUCUUCUCCACCAAGCACGGAAGUUUAAGGAUAACUGUAGGUCGGUGGCUACCUAAGGAAACUCCGAUUCGAUCCGCCCCCCGAAAAGGAGGCAUUUACCUCAUCCCGAUCACAAGGAGAGAUUCUAAUCCCAGAUCUGGGCUUACCGGCCAUGGUUCCGAAAGGACUCUAAGCGCAAAGGAAUCUUCCGACGAGGCGUUAGAGGGGCUGCGGGGGAGAGCAGCCUCUACCAGGGGCAGGGGGUCGGCGUCCAUUGAGUAUAAGAGAGCAAAUGAUGGUAUAGCAAUGAACAUCGAGAUGAUACUAGGAAAGAUGGUAAUAGAGCAAGCUGGAGCGGAGGCAGCAGAGAUGAAGGUGAGAACAGGGGGGGAUGCUUGGAAAUUGCGUACUUUUUUUCUGACACCUGGCACAAAGAACUCGAGUGCCGCCUGCUACUACAGUGUAUUAGAGUUCGAGCAACAGAUCAAGGUUCGAGCUAAAGCUAAUUCCGAGUUUUCGCGGGAAGAAGUACGGUUUCGGACAGCUCAUGAUGAACUAUUGAAUCCUUCUCCAUCCGAAUCCGUCUCAGUUCCAGGUAUUGAAGCGAAAGAUGACUCGACCGGAGGAAAAAGCCACUCGGGGAUCAAUUUUCCACAUCAGUCUAAGUGGUGGAGACCCGCGGUAGUGAUGGCUACAAGUGGGCUACGAGACCAAGGUGGGGUUGCUAGACUGAGUCAGAGGAGAAAGAAGUGGAAUCAACGGGAAGACUUCAUUGCGAGAAUCAAUCAUAUGGAGGCUUGCAGACCUUCUUCCUAUGGGAAGCAAGUUAAUAAUGUAUCGGGUAAGGCCGGUCUAGAUCGAGGCCGUGAUGCAAGAAGACAAGGACUCCUUGGAAGGAAAGAGAUUACAAAAACUGGCGCUUGGCUGUCAGGCGCAACCUUUUUACUUGGUUUCCUUGUCGAGUCAAUUCGUUCUUCCAGUUCUGCAAGACUGCUGUUCUAUCAUUCCUUACUGAAAGUCCGGAAUAAAGAAAGCGCGGUUACUGGUGCUGUUACUACUCUUCCUAAAAGCCCUGUUGGCGCAUAUCGUGGGAAUGAAAGCAGUUCCUACAAGGGAGGGUCAGCCGGAAACAUAGGCCGCUUUUCAGAUGCAAAUAGGUGCCCCUUUGGCUGCUCCUCUUAUUCCAUUACCGAUUGCUUGCUUCUAGCUAGGGAUAAUAGGAAAACCUCUCUCGUGGCCCUUGCCCGUCCUAAAAAAGCCUUGUCCAAGUCCUCUUUCCGUAGAAGCCUUGGCAAUCGUCCUCUACUGUCGAAGCUGAUGCUACACCAACUCCAACAGCGCCUUCUCCAACGGUGCCGCCGUCAUCAUCUACAUCGACUUAUGAGAGCGUACCAAGCCUUCCUCUUGUUGUCGACUUAUCCGGUUGAAGCUGCAUCCAUCGUCCCACCUCAACCAUCUCAUUGCGUCAUUCUCAGCCUCCGUCACAACAUCCUAUACUUACUCGCUCCCGUGACGGUACAAGAAUCGGGAUCGACUCUUCAGAGAGGUGGAGGUACAAAGGAAAAAACACUGGAAGGAGAGACUUCGCUUCUACGACUGCCUCCCCAGCCGUUGCAAACAAUGAGCGAGAACGGUAAAGGGCGCACAAACUAUGUCGUUGCGCGGGGAUGCGAUUCACCAAGCUGGGACAAACUAAGCCGUCCGGGGUUGGUGGGGCGGAUUAGGAAUGCGAAGGCCUUUACUUCGAAAGGAGACCCGCCCACUAUUACCACGAAAAAAGCCCUGCCCUUUUCCUUCGCUACUAGGAAACGGAGCGGGGCCAAUUUCUCGUACUUGCUCCGUGUGCCCCCCUUUCGUCGAGUGCCCACUGGACUGUUGGCCUACCAAGUACUUGCCUGCUGCUCCUGCCGCCCGCUUGACGGGCGGAGCACUCGUUAUCCUUACGGUGGUUCUGUUCUGUUCUCUCUGCUGAGGCCCUCCCAUUGCUCUAGCCAUAAGCUAUGGCAGCUCCGGCUCGCAACCACGGGGGCCCGCCCCGCGGGGCCAGAGUGGGCUCAGCAGUCAGCCUUCAUUCGAAUGGAACUAGGGGGUCUUUCGCUUUUGCCGGAUCUAGAGAGAUACUACGAGUCCUCCGUCCCAGAUUCCAUCGCCGCGGCCAUCUGGUUCACCGGUACUACCAAAAAGUCUCAUGCUUACAUUACUGUUUAUUGAUGGUUUGAUUAUUUUAGACUACGAAGACCUCGGUCGUGCUUCUGGUUUCCAUUCCCAUUAGAAUAUUGAUGAUAAAUCUCCUCGUGCUCU